CCCAAGUAUGUUCUUGUUAAUUGUUUGCUUACUCAAUAAUCUUCGCCAUCACACCCACCUCUCUCAACCAAUUUACGCCCCCCCUUUUUUUUUUUCUUUAUUUUCUUCUGCGGGAAUCCUCGGUGGGUUUGAUGUGAUCCUUUUUAAACUAUUUUGCCUCGAGUAUGAAAAGAUCAUCACCUUCAAAAUGCGUUGUUGUUAAUCAUGGGGUUCAGAGGGAGAUAGAGUGGGAGCUCAGACCCGGUGGCAUGCUUGUGCAGAAGAGAAAUGCCGGGAAUGCAUCUGCUGGCCCCAUGAUCAAGAUUAAGGUCUCCCAUGGCUCUUAUCACCAUGAAAUCACCGUCCCCGCUCAAUCAACUUUUGGGGAAUUAAAGAGGGUUCUUGCCAAUGAGACUGGUUUGGAGCCCAAGGAACAGAGAUUGUUAUUUAGAGGCAAAGAAAAGGAUGAUGAAGAAUUUUUGCACAUGGUGGGCGUUAAAGAUAUGUCAAAAGUGAUACUAUUACAAGACCCAGCAAGCAAAGAGAGAAAGCUUGAGGAAAUGAGGAGAAAGCAGAGUAUAAUGAAAGCCUAUGAGGCAGUUGCCAAAGUCAGAGCUGAGGUUGAUAAGUUGACAGAGAAGGUUAUUGCAUUGGAAGCAACUGUUUGUCGUGGAACGAAGGUUGCAGAUAAAGAAUUUGUUAUCUUGGCGGAAUUUUUUAUGGUCCAGUUGCUUAAGUUGGAUACCAUUGAGGCUGAUGGAGAAGCCAAAGUGCAGAGGCGAAUUGAGGUUCGCCGAAUCCAGAGUUUUGUGGACAGACUUGACAAUUUGAAGGCAAGAAACUCUAAUCCCUUCAGCAGCAACAACAAUGCAGUCUCAGUAACAACCAAGUGGACAACCUUCGAGUCUGGUGUCGAAAGCCUACGUGCUUCGUUACAUUCUUCUACCAGAAUAACCCAGGACUGGGUUAUGUUUGAUUAAAACUAGAAGCUUCAUUUAUAAGUUUUGUACAUGCUCCAAAUGGUUUGUGUGGAAUUAUAUUUUUAUAGGACAUGAAAGUAAUUAGAUAAUAGAGGAGAGGAAAGUAGAAAUGAACCAAAAUAGUUCUUGGUGAUUGCUUCUUAAGACUUUUGAUGAUGCUGUUGUUUCGGGAGAUCUUCUUACCCUUCAAAUGCUAUUUAAUCCAAGUCAUAAAUAGGAGCA